UGACUCAAAAACCAAAAAAAAAAAAAGUAGCCCCCAUGGAAAGCUGGUGCGGGGGGAGUGGUGGGGUGGGGAGAACUGGGAGAGAAAACCCCUGUGACUUAGGAACCCUACCUGUGGUCAUUUAUCCCAGAAACUGAAAUCUGGAUCCCCAAGACAUAUCAGCAUUCCCGAGAUCGCCUUCUUUCCAAGCCUACGCUACCCAGACCUGCACACCCAGUGCUUCCUACGGUUCAGCUGGGUUUUCAGCCCCCGCCUGGCACAGAACCCUAAACUCGCCGCCCACUUAGCCUAACCCUGACUUCCAAGUCCGGCCUGCGAGUUUACUUUUCUUUCUUUCUUUCUUUCUUUCUUUCUUUCUUUCUUUCUUUCUUUCUUUCUUUCUUUCUUUCUUUCUUUCUUUCUUUCUCUUUCUUUCUUUCUUUCUUUCCUUCCUUCUUUCUUUCUUUCUUCCUUCCUUCCUUCCUUCCUUUCUUUCUUUCUUUCUUUCUUUCUUCCUUUCUUUCUUUCUUUCUUUCUUUCUUUCUUUAUUUCUUUCUUUCUUUCUUUCUUUCUUUCUUUCUUUCUUUCUUUCUCUCUCGUUCUUGCUUGCUUGCUUGCUUUCCUUUCUUGCUUUCUUUCGUUCUUUCUUUCUUCCCUUUUUGGGUCACACCCGGUGAUGCACAGGGGUUACUCCUGGCUCUGCAAUCAGGAACCAGUGGUGCUCGGGGACCAUAUGGGCAGUGGUGCUCGGGGACCAUAUGGGAUGCUGGGAAUCGAACCCGGGUCGGCCGAGUGCAAGGCAAAGGCCCUACCCGCUGUGCUAUCACUCCAGAGCCUCUGGGACUUUUCUUUGCCUUUUUUUUUUUCUGACUUCCCCAGCGUGGUCUCAAUCCCAGGCGUGAUGUGGCCGAGGUCCGUGCAAGCCUGGUUCUGCGGCCGCGCUGCCCAGUGCUGCGUGACCGUCGGCGGCAGCGCCAGAGGGUGUGUGUGAGGGGGGGUUGGGGGGAAGCGGGGCCGCGGGGCCCGGUCCAGCCCGGAGGGGACCCUCGCACCCCGCCUCCCCGCGCCCCGCUCCCCGCAGCCCCGACGUCUGGGCCUGCAGCGUCGGUGGGGGCGGGCGCGGGGGCGGGCGCGGGGGCGGGGCGCCGCCUUGCCUGGUCCCAGAAGGAGUGGCCGCGGCGGGGACUGGCUGCUGACACUCGGCGGCUGGACCGGCUGCUGACACCGCGCCACGCGCCCCGGCUCGCGCCUGUCCCGCGCGCACCGGCGCCUGAGCCUUGGCGCGCUCGCCGUCGCGUCCCCCCGGGUAGGUCCCGAGAGAGCCGCCGCCGCCGCCGCCGGGGGAAGCAGCCCCCCACUCCUCCCCGCUGCCGACCCGCCUGCCCCCUUCCUCCCCAUGGGUCCCGAGGCCGCGUCCUCGUGGAAGGACCGCCUGUCGCGCCUGCAGGUGAGGACCUGGAUCGAGCCGGUGGUGGCGUCCACCCAGGUGGCCGCCUCGCUCUACGACGCGGGGCUGCUCCUGGUGGUGAAGGCGUCCUUCGGGGCGCCCGCCUUCGCCAACCACAGCGCCCCCAGCCCGUCGCCCCGCGGGGCCCUGGAGGACAGCCAGCAGAAAGCCAUCUCCAACUUCUACAUCAUCUACAACCUGGUGGUGGGCCUGACGCCGCUGCUGUCCGCCUACGGGCUGGGCUGGCUCAGCGACCGCUACCACCGCAAGAUCUCCAUCUGCGUGGCCCUGCUGGGCUUCCUGCUCUCGCGCCUCGGGCUGCUGCUCAAGGUGCUGCUCGACUGGCCCGUGCAGGUGCUGUUCGGCGCCGCGGCGCUCAACGGGCUGUGCGGCGGCUUCUCGGCCUACUGGUCGGGGGUCAUGGCCCUGGGCUCGCUGGGCUCCUCGGAGGGCGGCCGCUCUGUGCGCCUCAUCCUCAUCGACCUCAUCCUGGGCCUGGCGGGAUUCUGCGGGAGCAUCGCUUCCGGUCACCUCUUCAAGCAGAUGGCCGGCCACGCGGGCCAGGGCCUGGUGCUGACGGCCUGCAGUGUCAGCUGCGCCAUCUUCGCCCUUUUCUACAGCCUCUUCGUGCUGAAGGUCCCCGAGUCAGUGGCCCGGCCCAGCAAGACCCUGGCGGCCGCGGACCCUUUGUCCGGCAUGGUUGGCACCUACCGGACCCUAGAUCCCGACCAACCGGACAAGAGCAGUGUGGAGGGCCCGCUGCCCUCUCCCGAGAAAGCCCAGCCCAAAAAAGCCAUCAUUGCGCUGCUGUUUGUGGGGGCCAUCAUCUAUGACCUGGCGGUGGUGGGCACCGUGGACAUCAUGCCCCUGUUUGUGCUGAGGGCCCCGCUCAGCUGGAACCAGGUCCAGGUGGGCUACGGCCUGGCUGCAGGCUACACCAUCUUCAUCACCAGCUUCCUGGGCGUGCUGGUCUUCUCCCGCUGCUUCCGGGACACCACCAUGAUCAUCAUCGGCAUGGUCUCCUUUGGGUCCGGGGCCCUCCUCUUGGCCUUCGUGAAAGAGACGUACAUGUUUUAUAUUGCCUGGUGGCCUAUAAGCAAGCGUCGUGGCUGCAGUUCGGAAACGUUGCAGAGAAGUGAAGGCGCGGAAAACUCCACCAAAGCCCAGGCUCCCUCGAGGACGACGGAAGAGACCAAGCCACCCCACGACCCAAGAAACCUGAGUUCCAGAAAAGAGCUGCUCUGGCUCGGGGUCGUGGGUAGGGAGGGAAAAGCACUUUCCGGGUGAUGGAAGAGCUUCUUCAGCUUUCUGACAUCCAUGGGGGGCAGGGCCGGGCUCUCUGGACCGCAGAGCAUGUACUCUCGAGGGUUCCACGGGACCACCUGUAUAAGAUGCCCUAAGGGGCUGCAGAGGGCCCCCUUUUUGUCCAGGAACUGUCCUGGAGGGCUUCCUAGAAAGCCCACUCGUCUUCUGGGUGCUAUGACGGGAGUCCCAUUGGAGAACCCACAUGACUCUCGGGUGAAGUGUCCCCAAGGGCCCCCAAAACCUGCAUCAUCUGACCUUGCCCAUCACUCCAAACACACGCACCUGUUGUUUUUUUUUCAGUCUGAGGGAAAUGUGGAGGCUUUUUCUAAGAACAGCCAACAAGGAAUAUCUGUCUUUUAAAAAUUAAAAUUUGGGGGGUUGGGGGAGUUAGCCUCAUGCCCUGAGUCCUUCUUCUUCUUCUUCUUUUUUUUAUCUGUGAACACCAAACAGAGAUUUGGAGCUCAGGCUCUUGGCUUCAGGAUAAUGUAGUUGUAACUGUUGCUUGUAAGAAGCAAGUAUCCAAAGCUUUCUCCCAUGGAUCAGGACAUGGAAUCCUCGUAGGCAACUUUCCCAAGUGGGUGGUGUAAAGGGUGCAGGGAGGGACACUAAAAGUGAUUCUAACUGAAACACUUAUUUUUUUGUAUCGCCUGUUUUACUUGCAGACAUCACAGUGGCCUCGCCACCUAAUAAAAUCAUCAUUCAUAGUAAAUGUGUGCAUUGUUCUUUCCCAGGCCAGCGUCCCUCAGUCACCACAGACGUGGCCUUUGUAAGCUGGGUCGAAAGCAUGAAACAGAGCAUGCCUGGAACACUCAGCGCCUUUGGGCUCAGACGGGAUUCACUCAUCCCCUCCGUGGGGAAGGUCAGAACUGAAGGAGACACCCUCUGAGGGUCGGCCCCAGGCGAGGAGCAGAAAUAGGUAGAGUGUGAGCUGGGAGUGCCCGUCCCUGAGCUGCACUGGCUCGAGGAGGGAACUGAGGGAAGAGCAGCGUGAGAUAUUCUAAUAGAGACUAACCUUGAGAAUGGAGGUAGUGGAGGCAGAAGAAUUGCACUCAGAAAAGACCUAGAGAUGAAAAUAUCCCUAGGGAAGGGCUGGAGCAAUAGCACAGCGGGUAGGGUGUUCGAUU